AUGCAUGUAGAGCACGGGAGUGCGAAGGAGUGCAGGCUGGAUGAUGGCGGCGGCGGUGAACGGGUGCAGGGGACUAAAUGGAAGCGGCAGACGGCGGUGGGCCUGGAACUGCUGGCGGAGGCCGGGAACUACUCGGCCCUGCAGAGGAUGUUCCCCUCGCCAUAUUUCUACCCGCAGAGUCUGAUGUCCAACCUGGACCCCGGGGCGGCCCUCUACCUGUACCGGGGCCCCUCCGCGCCCCCGCCCGGGCUCCAGAGGCCCCUGGUGCCGCGCAUCCUGCUGCACGGCUUGCAGGGGGGGGGAAGCGAGCCGCCGCCCCCUCCCCCCCUGGCCCCCAUGUCAGGUGUGCUCCCCCGGCCCGCCCAGCAGCGGUGAGCGGGGCCGCCCCUACAAAAUAAAAGACUUUUAUGAAAGAAGACAGCAGCUUUUUCACCUCCUGGACAAAACUCUCCUUUUUUUUUUGGGGGACUUAUUUAUGUCUUAUUUAUAUUUUUAAGUUAUGUAUUUAUUUGAAGUGGUCAUACAUGCUGGUGCUCUCUCUCUCUCGGACACGCACUAUUUUAUUUUUGUACAUCGAUAUUAUUAACAAUUCAAGUGCAUCAGUAUGAAUCCAUGUUUCCCGUGAACUUUGACCCCCCCCCCCCUGUUUAAAAUGCUGUAAAUAAGAAUAUUUUACAUGAGACUGCAACUUUUCCUUUUGUCUUGAUGCACUUGGACAUAUUAGGCUAGAUUAGCCAUCAAAGUCUUCAAUAUGAAAUGAAAUUCAAACACUUUUUUUUUUUUUUUUUUUUUUAGUCUCUAACUUAUAUGCCAAAUAAUUUAUUUCAGCUCAUCACUGCAUUUUUUUUUUUUUUUUUUAAUAAUUUCAUUUUUUUUUAUAAAACAGCCUGUUGAUUUGCUCUGGAUGUAUUUAAAAAAUGUGCAUUUAUUUUUCACGUUAUUUCAUAUUUACGAAGCCGUGAUGACUUUGAUCUAUGUUCUCCUAUCUUUUGGUGGAAAAAAAAAUGUAUUAUUGCAAAUAUCAAACUUGUGGAGUGGUUCUCGUUCCUUUAUCCGUUCCUCAAGGUCCUUUUUUUCCCCCCAUCGUGACAAAUAUUUACAGUAUACAGUAAGGACAGAAAGAGGUUGACUUGAUGUACAAAAUACUUUUCUAAAUGUGGAAAUAAAACACUUUGAUUUAAUGUGUGACUUUACUUAUUUAACCUAAUAUUUUUAAUGAUAAUAAUGAAAAAAAAAUCCAAACAUCAUCAUUAAUGACACCAUUAGCUCUUAUUUAGAAAAAUAUAUUAAAUUUUUAUAUAUAUAAAAAAAUAUAUGUAUAUAUUUGUCCACUUUUCAA